GCGCAGGCUUCGGCUGCGGCGCGCGAGCAGAGCCGGGGGCUCGCCAUCCGCGGCGUCCGCUCCCAGUCCUCGCCUCCCGGUCCGGAAUGUGAGGAAGCAGAGCCCUUGCGCCUGUCUCCCGCCCUCGAAGGUGUCCCAGAGAGCAACUGGGGCCCCGAGGCUGGAGCCGCUUUGCGGGCAGCACCGCGGGACUGGAGCAGCGCGGCGCCCCGGUGGCGAUUCCGGGCUCCCACUCUUCGGAAAGAGCGCGGUGGGGAUCAACGCCUUCCCUGCUCUCGCCACAACUCCUGCGCCCGCGGCGCACGGCCGCACGAGUCCUGCUUUCCGCCAGCUCCCCAGAGUGGAGGGCAGCCCUGCCCGCCCGCCUGCACUCCCCACGCGCAGGCGGUGAGCCCCGCGGGCAGCACCUCCGGCCCCAUGGACAGCGCCCCGGCCGCGGCUUCCUGAGCGCCCGCACCGCUGCCGUCCAGGCUGCGCACUGGGGCCGCUGGCUCAUCCCACUCUGGGGUGUCCGAGAGCCCGGAAAGCGCGCAGCAUGAAGUCCGUGCUGUUCAGUCGCUUCUUCAUUCUACUGCCCUGGAUCCUGAUUGUCAUCAUCAUGCUCGACGUGGACACGCGCAGACCGGCGCCCCCGCUCACCCCGCGCCCCUACUUCUCUCGCUAUGCAGUCGGCCGCGGGGGCGCCCGUCUCCAGCUCCGCAGGGGCGGUUCAGCGCGCGGUGCCGAAAAGCGCAACGAGUCUGGGCCUCUGGUGCAGCCGGAGUCUCGGCUGCCCACCAUCUAUGCCAUCACGCCCACCUACAGCCGCCCGGUGCAGAAAGCGGAGCUGACCCGCCUGGCGAACACGUUCCGCCAGGUGGCGCAGCUGCACUGGAUCCUGGUGGAGGACGCGGCGGCGCGCAGCGAGCUGGUGAGCCGCUUCCUGGCGCGGGCCGGGCUGCCCAGCACGCACCUGCACGUGCCCACGCCGCGGCGCUAUAAGCGGCCGGGGCUGCCGCGCGCCACCGAGCAGCGCAACGCCGGCCUCGCCUGGCUGCGCCAGAGGCACCAGCAUCAGCGCGCGCAGCCCGGUGUGCUCUUCUUCGCCGACGACGACAACACCUACAGUCUGGAGCUCUUCCAGGAGAUGCGAACCACACGCAAGGUCUCUGUCUGGCCUGUGGGCCUGGUUGGUGGGCGACGCUAUGAACGUCCAUUGGUGGAAAAUGGCAAAGUCGUUGGUUGGUACACCGGCUGGAGAGCAGACAGGCCUUUUGCCAUCGACAUGGCAGGAUUUGCUGUAAGUCUUCAAGUCAUCCUGUCCAACCCGAAAGCUGUAUUUAAGCGCCGUGGAUCCCAGCCAGGGAUGCAAGAAUCUGACUUUCUAAAACAGAUAACGACAGUAGAAGAGCUGGAACCCAAAGCAAGCAACUGCACCAAGGUGCUCGUGUGGCACACACGGACAGAGAAGGUUAAUCUAGCCAAUGAGCCAAAGUACCACCUGGACACAGUGAAAAUCGAGGUGUAAAAUGGAGGCGACACCUGGUGCCGUUUGCCUGGCAGUGGGUAGGAUGAGGACGAGGACGUGUGGAGUGGAGGCUGCAGAGCCUUCAGGUACUGUUCAUUUUCCUUCAGUUGGGCAGCCUUUCACGCCAGCUGACGGACGUCUGUUUCACCAGUGCUUGUAAGGUACCAGGAGCCGCCUGGACGGUACAGACGCUCGUGUCGUCCUCCCUUGCUGUGCAUGUCCUCCCUACCACUAAGUUGGACAAUUUCUGUACAGUACAGUUCUGGACACUGCAAAAUACCAUUCUGAGUAUCUUACCUGCUUUCUUCCCGGCCCCCAUCUAGCCUUACACUU